AUGGAGCCAAGGAGCAAUUUUGAAGAUUUGAUAACUUUCAUCAAGAGUUCUCAUAGAGAGCAUACAGCCUUGAUUGAUGAGAGAUUGGAGUCAGCCUUCACUAGAUUGAAUGAGAAGUUGGAUUCUAUUUCUUCUUUCACAAGAGACUUGGAUCUUAGAGUUGCCAACAUAGCCAGCUCUAUUAAGAGAGAAGAAGGUGUGCUACCAGGAAAAGUGGAAAUCAAUCCAAGGAGAGCAGCUGUAGCAGCUAUCACUCUUAGGAAUGGAAAAGGGUAUGAACCACCAGCAUACCCAGAUCAAGAGGAAGCAAAGCCGCCAGUCAAGAAGAAACCAAUGGAGUAUGUUAUCAUUGGAGAUGGGACUGAACCACCUAAGGAAGUCCAUGUCAGAAUAGAACCAGGAACUCAGGAGGAAGUGGAGAAGCCACCUGAAGAACCAAGAGUGUAUGAGCCAAAGAUCCCAUACAGAAAUGUUCUUUCUCAACCCAAGAAGGAGAAGGAGCAAGCAAAGCUCAAGGAUCUUGUUAGCCAACUUUCAGUAAGGUUACCUUUCAUUGAUGCUUGCCAAAUAAUUCCAUCUCUCAGGAAGUAUAUGAAGGCCAUACUCACAAGCAAUGUGAGUCUUGAAGAAGGAGCAAUGAUGAUUACAAAGGAGUGUAGUGCCAUACUUCAGAAUCGCAUGCCAGAGAAGCUGAACGACCCAGGGAGUUUUGUUUUGUCUUGCAAGAUCGGUUCUACACACUUCCAUAGAGCACUUUGUGAUUUGGGUUCUAGUGUGAACCUAAUGCCUUACUCAGUGGCCAAGCUAUUGGGCAUCACUGACUUCAAACCUACAAAGAUCUCUCUAGUCUUUGCAGACAGAUCUGUUCGCCGCCCUGUUGGUGUUAUUAUGGAUGUUCCCAUCUGA